AUAUUAAAAAUUUUUUUUAAUAGACAAACCAGAACAAGGGAAUCUCAAUAUAACUAAAUUACCCACGUGGUAUAAAUGUACUAAAGAAAAAAAUUGUACUAAAUAUCAAGCUACACCGAAUUCUUGGAAUCCAUUUAAUGUAAAUGAGUCUGUGAAAUGUAAACCAGUUGGCGACAGUAACUCGUGCAAGAUAAACUAUACUUUGGGGUAUGAUAACAGAUGUAAGAAUAAUAAGAUUAAAGAUUAUUGUAAUGGACCUUUAAGACCAGGCCUUCGUUACAGCAUCAAAAUUAGGGGAUAUACAACCUCAGGAUUCGCUGAAACUCCUCCCAUUUGUACAGAAACAGAACCCGAAGAAGCUCAGAAACCAAAAUCGGGCAUUAUAGUUGCUGUUGUUGUUAGUUUAUUGUUCUUAAUGUUAUUAGUAACCGGAUUUUUUAUUUAUAAGAAAUUUGGAAUUAUCAAUAGAUUUUUUGGGAAGACCGUAAUGGAGACUUCAACAGAAACGAAUGAUAUCAGUUUUAUGUCAGUUAUAACCAAGUCUAGACCCGUAAAAUUAAGCGCAUUUGCCAGUCACGUUAGUGCUAUGAUGGCAGAUUCUGCUCUGAGAUUUUCUCAAGAAUUUGAAGAGCUGAAAUCUAUUAGUCCAAGUCAUUCUUGUAGCGCUGCACAGAUGCAAGAAAAUAAAUUAAAAAAUAGAUGGAUUAAUAUAUUACCAUUUGACCAUUCCAGAGUUAAGUUACUUCCAAUGGAUGAUGAACCUGGUUCUGAUUAUAUUAAUGCUAGUUAUAUACUGGUGUGUAAAAUUUAUUGAUGAUAAAUUUGAAUUUUUGAAUUAUUUUU